UUCUCUCUCUCUCUUUAGUGAAAAAAGAAAAAGAAACAACCAUUUGUGUCCUUUAUUAUAGUUGUUGUUACUUGUCCUUUUAGUACCUUCCUUUGUACUCACUUCAACCUCUUUUUGUAAGUCUUAGUUCUUGAAGUAAAAGGCAAAAAAAAGAAGCCAAGAAACAAGAACAUUUACAAAAACCAAGUUUAAAGUUGUGUUCUUGGUAGUUGGUAUGGUGUAAUUUGAGGUUCUUGGUGUAUGGAAACUUCAGAUCUGAUGAGAAGAGAAAAUAAGAUGAAGAAUAAGUGUUGUGGCUUACAUGGUCCAUUCUUUUUUUGUCGUUGACUUAAAUGAGUGUGAAAAUAAAAGUCAUUCUUCAAGACUCACUUUUUCUUGAGAAAGAUAUAUAGUGAUAUAAUCAUUCAUCAAAUAGUAAAGAUGAUGGCUUUUGGAAGUCCUAGUAGUAAUAAUGCUCGUACAAGUUCUACUUGCCACACUUUACUUAGAGAACUGCAGCAAAUAUGGACAGACAUUGGAGAGAGUGAAGCUGAUAGAGACCGUAUGCUGUUGGAGCUGGAAAGAGAGUGUAUGGAAGUCUAUCGAAGGAAAGUUGAAGAAGCUGCCAAUGCAAAAUCACGUCUUCAUCAGUCUGUUGCAGCUAAAGAAGCUGAGCUGGCAACCUUAAUGGCUGCUCUUGGCGAACACAACGUUAAUUCACCGAUGCAGUCAGGGAAUAAGUCAGCUUCAUUGAAGGAGCAGCUUGGGUUAAUCAUGCCUCUUGUUGAUGAUUUAAAAGCAAAGAAAGAUGAAAGAGUUAAGCAGUUCGCAGAUAUAAAGGCCCAAAUUGAGAAAAUAACUGCCGAGAUUUCAGGAUGUUGUAAUAUUACCAGUUCUCUGAGUACCUUAAACUUGGAAGAACAUGACUUGUCGACGAGAAAGCUCUCAGAAUGCCAAUCCAAUCUACGUGCUCUCCAAACGGAGAAGUCUGUGCGGAUCCAAAGAGUUCUGGACAGUGUGAAUGAGGUUCACACUUUGUGCGGUGUACUUGGGCUGGAUUUUGGCGAAACUGUAAAUAAUGUGCAUCCAAGCUUGCAUGAGACAAACCUGGGACAUUACACAAACAUCAGUGACAGUACAUUGGAAGGUCUAGACCAGGCCAUCCUUAAAUUGAAAACAGAAAGAAAAGUUCGAUAUCAGAAGCUAAAGGAUGUGGCGGGAUUGCUGUUUGAGCUUUGGAACUUGAUGGAUACAACUAGAGAAGAAAGGCGAAAGUUAUCAAGGAUAAUUUCUGUUCUUGAUAUUUCUGAAUCAAAGGUUGUGGAACCAGGUGCACUUACAUUGGAGGUUAUUCAGCAGGUAUCAGCAGAAGUUGAGAGGCUUACCAAAUUGAAAGCAAGCAGGAUGAAAGAGUUGGUCAUGAAAAGGAGGGCAGAACUGGAGGAUUUGUGCUACAAAACCCAUAUUCAACCUGAUUCAAGUACUACUGCUGAUAAAUCCACUGCAAUGAUCGACUCUGGUCUUGUAGACCCUUGUGAACUCCUAGCAAAUAUUGAAGCACAAAUAAACAAAGCAAAGGACGAAGCUUUAAGCCGAAAAGAAAUUAUGGAUAAGAUAGAGCGGUGGCUUUCAGCAUGUGAUGAGGAAAACUGGCUUGAAGAUUAUAACCUGGAUCAUACACGGUACAGUGGUGGAAGAGGUGCUCACAUAAAUUUAAAGCGGGCAGAACGAGCAAGAAUUACAGUGACUAAGAUUCCGGGUAUGGUUGACAGUUUGAUUAACAGGACACUAGCUUGGGAAGAUGAGAAUCAGAAGUUGUUUUUGUACGAUGGGGUGAGAUUGGUGUCAAUAUUGGAGGAUUACAAAGUGAGUCGACAUCAGAAAGAAGAGGAGAAGAAAAGGGCCCGGGAUCAGAAGAAACUCCAAGAUAUGCUGCUGGCAGAGAAGGAAUCUAAAUAUGGUUCUAGACCUAGUCCGAGAAGAAGUAACAGCUUUAGGAAGAUGAACGGGUACCAUACAAAUGGAAAUGGGUCAGUCACCCCCUCGCCACGCCGGAACUCAGUUGGUUGUGCAACUCCAGAGCUUCAAACACCCCGUUCUUACUCUGGGAGGCAGAAUACCUAUUUCAAGGAAAUGAGAAGACUUUCUACUGCCCCUCUCAACUUUGUAGCUAUAGCAAAGGAAGAUACCAUGUCAUUUUCUUCCAUUGGCGGUUCUGAGCCUGAAUCCCCACCUCAAAGCUGAUUUCACAACUUGUGUUGGGGAGAUGAUCACAUAAUCUACCUUAUUCCGACAGCACAUAACAGAAGGAGGAGGAUAGCUCAAAAUUUGUGAAUACUGGAGGGAGUGUACACUACUGUAAUGAUGUAAUGUGUUAGGCAGUUCUAGCACUUAUUGACUUUUUUGUUAGUGACUUUGCUGGUUACUAUAGAGAUUGUUGUGGAUAUAAUAGUGACGUGAAAGUUCUCUGUUUGAUUAGUUCACUGACCAAUAUGUACCUUGAGCCUUUUUGUUUUUGGUGAUUUGCAUGUACAUAUAGUGUAAUGUGAUUGCUAUGAAUUGAUUAGGAAUCCUUGUUUAUUUGGAUUGUGUAAUUUAGGGCCUCUAAAAUUUCUAGCUCUCAAUAAAGUUUGUAACAUUUAAAUGCUCA